AUGGCGUCGGGACCCGACAAUACCGAUACGGGGGACUGCGCUGUGGUGAUCAGCCCCGGGAGGCGCGGGGAGAAGGCCGCUUUCUCGGGCCUCGAAGAAGUGGCCGCCAAAAGCAGUGCGUCCCCGGUGCGGUCGGCAGUGGCCUCAACGAGGCCCGCGAAGGGCAAAGCGGGUCGGGAGGCGGCCAGGCGGCGGCAGCAGCUCCUGCCCAUUCCCCAGGCCGAGGGCCCCGGCGGAGAGGGCGAGGAAGAGGAGGAGGAGGAGGAGGAGGAGGAGGAGGAGGAAGAGGAGGAGGAGGAGGAGGAGGAGGGCCUGUUGUCGGUGCACGAGGAAGACGAGGAGGAGGCGCAGCCGCUGCCGCCCGUCUGCGCGUCCCCCAUGAGGGCCAUGUGGCGCGACGAGAAGGUGGCGCUCUAUUGCGACCAGGUGUUGCAGGGCUGCAAGGCAGAAGAUGCUGUUGAAGCAAUGAGCAAAUACCUAUCAGAAAAAUUAAAGAUGAAAGACAAAUGGCUUGGUAUCUGGAAGACAAAUCCAGAGUUGUUCUUCAUCAAAUAUGAAGAAGCCUCCAUACCUUUUGUUGGAGUCCUUGUUGAGGUAACUUGUAAACCACGCCAAAGCUCAUCAUCUUGUUUCAAAGUUACUGUAUCUGUUGCUGAGCCCUUUUCAUCUAAUAUUGCAAAUAUUCCAAGGGAUUUGAUUGAUGAAACAUUAGAAGAACUAGAACACAGUGUACCUCUUUUGGAAGUUUAUCCAGUUGAAGGGCAAGAUGAUGAUAUACAUGAUAUUGCCCUGGCCUUGGAAGUUGUAAGGUUUUUCUUUGAUUUCCUUUGGAGAGACUGGGAUGAUGAAGAAAGUUGUGAGAACUAUACAGCCCUAAUUGAAGAAAGAAUUAAUCUGUGGUGUGAUAUACAGGAUGGUACAAUUCCUGGUCCUAUUGCACAGCGUUUUAAAAAAACUUUGGAGAAGUACAAAAACAAGCGUGUGGAACUAAUUGAAUACCAAAGCAAUAUUAAAGAAGAUCCAUCUGCAGCAGAAGCUGUUGAGUGUUGGAAAAAAUACUAUGAGAUUGUAAUGCUAUGUGGGUUGUUGAAGAUGUGGGAAGAUUUGCGCCUCAGAGUUCAUGGACCUUUCUUCCCAAGAAUUUUGAGGCGUAGGAAAGGAACAAGAGAAUUGGGAAAAACUAUAACUCAUAUUGUAGCCAAAGUGAUGACUACUGAAAUGGUUAAAGACUUAUCCUCAGACACACUUCUCCAACAACAUGAUGAUUUAGAUCUGGCUUUGGAUAGCUGUUACAGUGGUGACACAGUGGUCCUUUUUCCAGGAGAAUAUCAAGCUACAAACCUUGCCUUGUUGACUGAUGACAUCAUUAUUAAAGGAGUUGGAAAGAGAGAGGAGAUUGUGAUUACCUCAGAACCUUCUUGUGACAGUUUUGUAGUAUCUAAAGCUGAAAAUGUGAAGCUGAUGCGUCUUACUUUGGUACAACAAGGGACUGUUGAUGGUAUUGUGGUCGUGGAAUCUGGUCACAUGACCCUAGAGGACUGUGUAUUGAAGUGUGAAGGAACAGGAGUAUGUGUUCUUACAGGAGCAGCUUUGACUCUCACUGACAGUGAAAUCACUGGAGCUCAGGGUUCUGGUGUCGAACUGUAUCCUGGCAGCAUAGCCAUUUUGGAAAGAAAUGAAAUUCAUCACUGCAAUAAUCUUAGAACUAGUGAUAAUUCAAAAAGCACCUUAGGUGGGGUGAAUAUGAAGGUUCUUCCUGCCCCUAAAUUGAAGAUGAAUAAUAAUCAUAUUUAUAGCAACAAUGGAUAUGGACUAAGCAUUCUGCAGCCAACAGAACAGUUUUUUAUUAUAGCAGAAGGAAAUCUUAACAAAGGAGCUGCUUCAGGAGAUAAAAAAGAUGAUGAUAUGCUUUCCAAAGUAAUGCAAAAUCUGAAUCUGGAAAUGAGUAAUAAUAAGAUAGAAGCAAACUUAAAGGGGGAUAUCAGAAUAGUCACAUGUUAA